AUGUCUGAUCAACAUUCCGCCAUUCUCGAAGAAAUCAAUAAAAAGAUCGGCCAACUCCACGAAAAAUUUGAGGCUCUCGAGAAAAAGAUCGCCAAGGCCGAAGUACCCAAGCAACAAUUGCGCAUGGUCAUUAUGGGUCCUCCUGGUGCAGGUAAAGGAACUCAAGCACCUGCUAUCAAAGACAAGUUUUGUGUUUGUCAUUUGGCUACGGGUGAUAUGUUAAGAGCCGCCGUGGCUGCCAAGACACCUCUUGGUUUGAAAGCCAAGAAGAUUAUGGACGAAGGUGGUUUAGUUUCCGAUGAAAUUGUCGUUGGCAUGAUUAAAGAGAACUUGGAUAAUAAUGAAGAGUGUAAAAAUGGCUUCAUUUUAGAUGGUUUCCCUCGCACAGUUGUUCAAGCUGAAAAAUUGGAUGAGAUGCUCGAAGAAAAGAAGAAGCCUUUGAAUUCAGUCAUUGAACUGGUCAUUGAUGAUAAUUUGCUUGUUUCUCGUAUUACUGGCCGUUUGAUCCAUCCUGCUUCCGGCAGAACUUACCAUAAGGAAUUCAAUCCUCCCAAGGUUCCUAUGAAGGAUGAUGUUACCGGUGAACCUCUCAUUCAACGUAGCGAUGAUAAUGUCGAAUCAUUAAAGAAGCGUUUAGAUGCCUUUCACAAACAAACUGUUCCUGUUGUUGAUUACUACAAGAAGAAGAACCUUUGGUAUGGUGUGGAUGCAGCUCAAUCACCCAAGGCUGUUUGGGCAUCUCUUAAUGCUAUCUUUGACAAGACCCUUUAA